AUGGAUGUUUGUGGCGCGAAAUGCGUCGUGUCUCCUGGUUUCCAGUGGGUGUUGCACGGACGGGGUCAUAGGGGAUCAGUUAGGUUGGUUGGGAUUAUGCAAAUACAGUUCUUAUUCUUUGCUAGCAUGUAUUGUGCCUUGCUUAUUAAAGAAAAAUGGUUUAAUCAAUCAAUACAUCGGCAAACAAGUCUUGAUGACCGGUUAGUCCUCAAUCUUUUGACACCAUUUUUGCUGAAAAAUCAAGAUUAG